AUGGACGGGAAGAGAACGUCCAUCGCCGACCCCAACGGCAAAGACGACAAGAAGAAUUUCACCUUCGACUAUUCCUAUUGGUCCCACGACGGCUGCAAGGAGGAAGCGGACGGCUACGUCUCGCCCGAUCCGUCUCAUCCCAACGGCAGGAAAUUCGCCGAUCAGGUGAGACCCUCGUUUCCCUCUCGGGAAUCCUCGUUCCUCCGUCGGGAAGUCGGUCGGAGCGAACGCCACGGAACCGAUCUCGGCGCGAGAGAUGCCGUUGCACUCGCGGGGUGGGACCCGAUCUGGACCGUUUCCGAGUCCGACGACUUUUCGCGGACCGAGAUUCGGGAUGCGACGAUCCUCGGCGAGACUCCUUCGCUCCGACCCUCCGACUUCGCGCGAACGUUGCUCCAGAGGGUCACCGACGGUCUUCGUUCCUUGCAGAAACGCGUGUUCGACGACCUCGGUGCGGGGAUGCUGAAGAACGCCUGGGACGGAUACAAUUCCACCCUCUUCGCUUACGGACAGACCGGUUCCGGCAAGUCCUGGUCCGUCAUCGGCUACGGCCCCAACAAAGGGAUCGUGCCGCUCUUCACGGAGCAGCUGUUCCAAGGAGUGGAGGCGAAGAAGAAGACCGGCGAUAAGAUCCAGUUCGAGGUCAAGUUCAACAUGUUGGAGAUCUACAACGAGGUGGUCCGAGACCUCCUCGACGCCUCCAAGAACCAGAAGAAGGGACUCAAGAUCCGAGAGAACCCGAAGAAAGGCUUCUACGCCGAGGGACUGAAGACGGUGAUGGUGGCGUCCUACGACGACAUCAAGGCGAAGAUGGACGAAGGGACGCUGAACCGAACGGUGGCGGCCACGAACAUGAACGCCACCUCGUCCAGGGCCCACACCAUCGUCGGGAUCACCUUCACGCAGAAAUUCAAAAAUGCCAAAAACGAGGAGACGGCGAAGAGCUCCAUCGUGAACCUCGUCGACCUCGCCGGCAGCGAGCGAGUGGAGAGCACUGGGGCGACGGGAUCCCGACUCAAGGAAGGAGCAUCCAUCAACCUGAGCCUCACGUGCCUCGGCAACUGCAUCCACGCGCUGGCCGAGAGUUCCAACGGGAAGAAGAAGAAAGUCCCCUUCCGGGAUUCUUCUCUCACCAAGCUCCUUCAGAAUGCCCUCGGCGGCAACUCCAAGACCGUCAUGAUUGCGGCCAUCAGCCCGGCAGACAUCAACUUCGAUGAAUCCCUCUCCACACUUCGAUAUGCGGACAGAGCGAAGCAGAUCAAGACGACCGCAACCAUCAACGAGGACCCGACGGAGAAGCUCCUCAGAGAAUUGAAGGAGGAGAACGAGAAACUGAAGGCGAUGCUUGCAUCCGGAAACAUGGAUCUCUCCGGCAUGGGCCUCAGCGGAACCGUGGUGGACAAAGACGCUCUCCGGAAGGAGUGGGAGGAAGAAAUGAAGGCUCGCAUGAUGACCAACGAAAAGGAGAUGGAGGAGAUGAGAAAGACGUACGAGGAGAAGCUGAAGCAGAUGCAGGGCGAACAGGGCGCCUCGCCGGCUGCAGCCAUGAAGGAGAUCGAGAAGGAGCGCAAGACCACUCCCCACAUCUAUAACUUGAACUUCGAUCCUCAGUUGACCGGAAGGGUGGUCCACAUCCUGAAACCCGGCGUCCAGGACGUCGGAAAUCGCAGAGGGAAGGAAUCGUCCUUCGUCAUGCUCGGACCGGGGAUCCAAGAGUCGCAUGCACUCAUCGUUUGGGAUCAGAAGAAGAAUGCGGUGAGCGUGAAGCCCGUGAACGGGGAUUGUCGGGUCCUCGUGAACGGGACGGCCAUCCUGGGCGAAACGCCCCUCGCUCACAACGACAGGCUGGUGUUCGGGACGACGCAGAUCUGGGUCUACCAGAACCCGAAGGAGGCCAACGCGGACAAGAAGAAAUACCCGCAGAUCACUUACGAUUUCGCUCAGGAGGAGAUCGCAGCCAAGGCCGGGAUCGACAUGAGCGCCGCGGACUCCAACACGGACAUGGCGUUGUUGCACGAGGACCUGCUCGAAGUCCUGCCGGCCGUGGAGGAGGCCAAUUCCAUCAGCGCCGAACUGGACAAGAGGGCGAAGUUCGAGAUCGUGAUCGCGUCGCCGCAGAUGCUCGGCAAGGAGAAGGGCAAGACCGAGGUGUGCGUGAAGAUGAAGAACCUGGAGAACGGGAUGGAGUACGUCUGGCCCAAGGAGAAAUUCCUCAACCGGCUCUACAUCAUGAAGGAAAUGUAUUCGAACUUCGAGGACGAAGACGAAUGGGAGCUCCCCGUCGAGAGAGAUCCAUUCCGCGAAGACCCGAACACGGAGGUGAGGAUCGGGACGGUCAACAUCUUCUUGCAGCCCAUCGCAUACAUGGUGGAGCUGAAGGAGCAGUUGGACAUCAUCGACUUGAAGGGAAAAGUCGGCGUGAUGAACGUCGAGGUGGUGCCGUGCAAUGCAAAGGGUAAGGAAUACGUGGAGGCCGACGACAUGUUCGUCGAUACCCCGGAAGAACUCGUCGGGAAAGAACUUCACUUCAAGGUGAAGAUUCUCGACUGCAGGGGUCUCCCCAACAAAUACAAGGACAUCUACUGCAAGUACAAGGAUUACAUGGGAGACUCGGAGAUCAAGACGAAGCAGGCGGGAGACACGGCGAACCCGGACUUCAACCACGAGAAGUUCUUCUCGUACAAACCGGUGACGAAGUUGCUGGUGGAUUUCCUGAAGAACAAGUCCCUGGUGGUGGACGUGAUGGGAAAACACCGGCUUCGCCGGUCCGCCAUGCCCCGCCGAGCCGACGGAGUCACCACCAAGGACAUGCUCGCCGCAGAUCGCGACGUCUUCUCCAAGACGUCGAGCCUCAUGAACGGAUUCAAGAUCGACGAACGGAUCGUGGAUCCCCAGAAGCAGAGCAUCAUCGUCGAACUGCUUCUCAUGAAGAAGACUCAGGCUCGACUCCAACUCAAAGUCGACGCACUGAAGAAGAUGCUGGAAUUGGCGGAAAGACAAGGGCAGGGGAAGAUCCCGACCAACUUCGUGAGAGACAUCAUGAAAUAUCCCGAGAGAGCCGAGGAACUCCUCUCCCAGCUCCAAGAUGUGGAUUUCUCCGACGAGCACUACUUUAAAGAGGGGAAGAACGAGAGAAGCUCCUCCCCGUCCUCCACCUCCAGCAACAGCUCCUCCACUUGCACCCUCAUUUGAUUCUCCUCCUUCGUCACUUUGCACAUCUCGGGUGCAUCACGGCUUCACGACCUCAUUUUAAAUGCUACUCUCACGCAUGCCAAACGCGAACCCGUAAAGCAUGUGAGGCUGGGACCUCGAACUCGAGUCGAGAAAUAUUUUAUCGUCUAAAUCGUAAAGGUGUUUGGAGUGUGCACGACACCGGUCGUAUAUCCAAUCAGUAUUCUAUGUUCGAUGGGCCCGACUCGGCUAAACUCGAAUGCGAUGUACUGUAACGAGGCGAGACCUCGGAGGCACGUGGUUGGCAAAUUUCAUCUGGAAUCGGUUGGACUCAUUUUUUCGACGCGCUUGCUACCUGAGUUAUGGAAUUGUGAAGAAUGAAAUAAAAUAGCAGCUUUAUCCCAGCC